UAUCCCGACAAACAUUUCUCUCUGUUUCUUUCCCAACACAAACGCAUUUCAUACCACCCUCCACUGACACACACUCAUAUACUCACGAGUUCCGACAAAUCAAUUUCUUCUUCUUCUCUCUCAUUUUCAUUUACACCUUCGAUUACGCUUUAAACGUUCACUACAAGAACAAAAAUGGUGAAAAAGAACAACAAAAGAAAAAAGGAAGAGAUUGCUGAAGAUUAUUGCUUUGUUUGCAAAGAUGGUGGUGAAAUGAGAGUCUGUGAUUUUGGGGAUUGCCUUAAAACCUAUCAUGCUGAAUGUGUAAAACAAGAUGCUUCCUUUUUGAAGAAUGACGAUAGGUGGUGUUGUGCUUCCCAUUCUUGCUACCAAUGCGGUGGAAUAUCAAAGUUUAUGUGCUUGUGUUGCACAAUAGCUUUUUGUGGAAAAUGCUUCUAUGGUGCUGAAUUUGCUCUUGUCAAAGGAAACAAAGGAUUUUGUAGGCACUGCUCAAAACUUGCCUUUCUAAUUGAGAAAAAUGCUGACGUAGAUUCUGAUGGGGAGAAGGUAGAUAUGAGAGAUCCAGAUACAAUAGAAAGUUACUUUUUUGAAUAUUAUCAAGUUAUCAAGAAAAAAGAAGGGCUGAAUUCUCAGGAUGUUUAUACUGCCCGUGACAUCAUUAAAAAUGGAAAAAACAAAUAUGAAGUAGGUGAGGGGGAAGACGAUACUGGUGAAUCUGAUGCGAGUGACUUUAUAGGUUCUGAUUGUGAUGACUUGGUUGGCACGUCAAGAGUUAAAUCGGUGAGGAGAAAGAAGUGCAGUGAAAAGCUGAAGUCAAUAAUAAAAGGGAAAGUAGUGAAACAUACGAAAAAGGAUUUUGUUGGAUGGGGUUCAAGAAGUCUCAUAGAUUUUCUUAAAAGUAUUGGUAGAGACACGACUGAAGCGUUGUCUGAACUUGAUGUUGCUUGGAUCAUCAUCCAGUACUGCCACACAAACCAGCUUUUUGACCCCAAGAAAAAGAAGAUCGUAAUUUGUGAUGCAAAGUUAAGAAAUUUACUAAGGCGGAGAUCAGUGAAUAAAAACAACAUUCAAAACCUUCUUGAAUCGCAUUUUGCAGAUAAUUUUGAGGAAACUGAUGGUAUUAUCACUAGUUCAGAAGAAAGGGAUAAUGGUAAUGGAGCAUUCAAAUUUCCAAAGCAGGGAAAUUUGAAUUCAACUACAAAACCUUGUCAGAAUAUACUCUCUGAAGAGCAGCCAAGUGUAUUUGCAGCUAUAAUUAAUUCAAACAUGAAACUUGUCUACUUGAAGAGAAGCUUAAUUGAGGAGCUUUUGAAGCAACCAGAAACCUUUGAUGGCAAAGUGUUGGGAAGUUAUGUUAGAACCAAAUCCGACCCAAAUGACUAUUUACAGAAGAAUUCUCAUCUGCUCUUACAAGUCAUAGGAAUCAAAAGAUCAUCAAAGCAAGCUGACAUCAACCAAGAAAUUCUGCUCCGGCUUUCUUAUGUGCCAAAAGAUGUACCUAUCAGCCAAAUUUCUGAUGUUGACUUUUCUGAGGAAGAAUGUCAAGAUCUGUAUCAGAGAAUGACAAAUGGCAUGCUCAAAAAGCCAACUGUACUGGAGCUUGAGCAGAAAGCCAGAAGUCUGCAUGAAGAUAUCACAAAACAUUGGAUCUCAAGGGAGAUGGCAUUGUUACAACAUCGUAUUGAUCUGGCCAAUGAAAAGGGACGGAGAAGAGAGCUUGGCCAGUACAUGGACCGAAAACAGAAGCUUGGGUCUCCAUCUGAACAAUUGCGUUUAUUAAGUGAAAUUCCAAAAGUAAUUCCUGAAAUGGUUGAUACCAAUCUGUCACCGGAAGAUUCCUCAAGAAAAGAUAAGCUAGAGCAAAAAGAUUUGCCAGAAUCAGCCAUUGGAGAGACUUGUAACUCUUUUGCACAAUACUCCACACAUGAUGGUUUUUCCCAAUGUCUGGAUAAGAGAGCAGAUGUUGUAGGUCCAAAAUCUACAGUGAAAAAAAACAAAGAUGAAACAGCCUUUCCUGCCACUGUUGAACAAUUAUCUGUUCUUACUGCUUCUCAAUACACCUCAAAAGGCCAAGAUGGUGGAAAGCCUGCACUCAGAGAAUCAAACUCUAGUUGUCAAACCCUAUAUCCAGCAAAAUGUAGCUUGCCUCAACCAAGUAACACUAUAUCUGCUUCUGUUGGUGUAGAUUGCAGAAAUCUGAGUACUAACAUGGAUGCCAAUCAGACAGUAAAGGAAAGGCGAAGCCCUGCUGUUGCUGAUCUUGUUAAGGCGACUGUCAAUGAUGUUAUUAUUUUAAGUGACAGCGAUGAAGAGGAUGUGAAUAUUAAAAUAACUUCAUCGGAAAGAAAGGGAGUGGAGAGUCCUGAUAUUCCUAUUUGGCACUGUUCGGGUAUUUGUGGUAGUGGAACAAGAGGGCCUUUUCCAAUGUCUAUACUCAAACAGUGGAGCGAAUUGGAUUCCACAUUUUCUCCCUUAGACUUCAAGGUCUGGAAGACAGGUGAAAGUGAAAGAGAGGCAAUGCUUCUGAGGGAUGCACUUAAGCUGUUUUUUCCCUAAUGUGAAAGUAAGUCAAAAUGAAGGGAAAUCAUCUCUAUUUAAUAACAUCACCAGUUUUGAUAAUUAAUAUAGUUAUAUACUUUUGUUUUCACCAAGUAGCUGCCUGUUUGAAAUGCUGCUAUUGAAAAGAAAAAAAAAAAUUUCCUUUGACAAUUUUUUCAGAGAGGGAAUUAUAAUCUUUAUUUCUCUGGUGUA